UCGCGCAUUCGCGUUCAAAUUCGUACCGGUGCGCGUGCUCGAGAUCCAACCCCCUAACUACCCCAGUACGCGCGCCAACAUCCCCUCGUAGGGAAUUCCAAACGUAGGAUUUUCGUGCGCACGCGCGCGACGCCUAUCGGCUCGCUCUCGGUUGUCGAUUCGUUUCGCAGGGUGAGGACAUGUCUAUCGGCCGCGUGAUCGCGGAUCCGUUCUCAUCGAGUUCAGGUGGAGGAAACGCGGGGUGAUUCCGUUGAUCGAUCGAUCGUUCGCUCGUGGAACCGCGGCUGCACGAUUGCGACGACCGACGCGAAGAGCGCAAAGGGUUGAAGGGAACCUCGCUGAGAGCCGGACGGAUCUCGGAGGAACGCGGAAACGAGCGCCGUGCGAGAAGAACCGAGACGUGACCAUCUGACAGUGUGUUGGUGUGAUUAGUGAUCGUACGGAAAUUAAUGCAUACCGCGAUACCGCGCGCGGAAGCGAAAGAACGGCUGCCGGAAGUCGCGGAGAAGAGGCGCACACCAUCGAUCUGUCGAAUACGCCGCAGCCGCCGUCGCUUCCCUUCGCCGUCGGUCGACGCUGAGAGAUCGUGCGAAUAGUGUGCACCGUUGUACGUGCGUGGAGCGCCGCGCUCUCACCAUUCGUCAUCGUGACGAUGCUGAGUCUGAUCUUGCCGGCCGCAGCGAUGGCAACAUGAAGACCAAUCGCGCAUCCGAUCGAGGAAGCUCCGUUCCUACCGACCAUAAAUGACCAAUGUGACGCAACCAGUCAGGAAUAUUUUUAUGCAAAAUGACUCGCGCCCUUGUCUUUCUCUGCAUGGCUAUUAUUCUACUUCUCGUACGAUGUCACAAGAUCCACGAGCACAUGACAAGGGAAGAGAUGCUAUCGGUGUUUUACACGGGACACGAGUUCGUGCCGCCGUACGAAGUCGUGCCUGUGUUGCACACGAUGCACAAAAGGAGUAUAGACGCGAAAACACAGAUUCAUUUAAAGGCCUUCGGCAAGGAUAUCAACCUUUCCUUGAAACCCACGGAAGGUCUGUUGACAGCUAACAGCCUGCCAAUGUGGACCGUCACCAGAAACGCGUCGCAACCUGACGGCCUUCAUUACGAGAGGGUGAAGGAUAUGGACGUAGAUAUCGGUGACAUCUAUCAAGACACGGAGAACAUGGCUUCCAUUCUGCUGCACCAGGACACGAAUGGGAAAGUGCGCGUUGAUGGAACUAUUGGUUCAGAAUUAGUUAUUCGGCCACUGCCAGAACGGGUUCUGCAAGAGGUCGUGAAUAAAGCGCCGGCUCUUCGGGAACCCACAUUACUGCCCAAUCUCACUGAAAGCGAGGACUUGAAACGCACGAGUCACCACAUUGUUUUCAAAAAGGUGGAUCGACCAGUCGGUGACGAGUACAGCGAUUUUUCGCUCAUGGAACCCGAUCACUUAGCCAAGAGAUAUAGAAUCAAGCGUUCUACCAAUAAUAGGUCGAGGCGCGAAGCACCAUACGUCAUUUACCCGGAAAUCCUUUGUAUCGUAGAUUACGAUGGGUACAGAUUGCACGGCGGCGAUAACGUGCAGAUAAAGAGAUAUUUCGUGUCCUUUUGGAACGGAGUGGAUCUCAGGUACAAAUUACUGAAGGGUCCAAAAAUACGUAUCAGUAUAGCAGGAAUAAUCAUUUCACGGGGACGGGACGCAACGCCUUACUUAGAAAGGAAUCGCGUGGGAAGAGACGCAAUCGACUCGGCAGCCGCUCUGACUGACAUGGGCAAAUAUCUUUUCCGGGAGAGGAGACUUCCUGUAUACGACAUCGCCGUUGCCGUUACAAAAUUAGAUAUGUGCAGGAGGCAAUACGCGAAUGACGUGUGCAAUAGAGGAACCGCAGGAUUCGCGUACGUCGGUGGAGCAUGCGUCGUGAAUAAACGUCUCGAAAAGGUCAAUUCGGUCGCUAUCAUCGAAGAUACCGGCGGAUUUAGCGGCAUCAUCGUCGCUGCCCACGAAGUGGGUCAUUUGUUGGGUGCCGUUCACGACGGUUCACCUCCGCCCAGUUACUUAGGUGGACCGGGUGCUGAAAAGUGUCGUUGGGAAGACGGAUAUAUCAUGAGCGAUCUUAGACACACCGAGAAAGGUUUCAAGUGGUCUCACUGUAGUGUGUCCUCCUUCCAUCAUUUUUUAAACGGUGAUACAGCGACCUGCUUAUACAAUGCACCUCACGAAGACGAGGCACUACCCCGAGUACUUCCGGGGAAACUGCUAUCCUUAGACGCGCAAUGUCGGAAAGAUCGUGGGACGAGCGCUUGUUUUAAAGACGAUCGGGUUUGUGCUCAGCUUUUCUGUUUCGACGCUGGGUCCGGAUAUUGUGUGGCGUACCGUCCAGCAGCGGAAGGUUCACCUUGUGGGGAUGGUCAGUAUUGCCUGAAUGGAAAGUGUGUGGCGGAACACGAGAACAUAAUACCGGACUAUACGCAGAACAUUCCAACGUAUGUACGUCGAGAUAGCAUUUUCAGUUCUACGUUGCACAAUCGGCCGAUAUUCACUCAAUACAACAAUAGUGAUUACAGGUAUCCAUGGGAAUCAACGACACAGAGCACACCACUAUCGAAAUUAAAACAUUCGUCGCCAUACGCGAACGUAAUCGCAUCGACAGCGACGACGACGACAAUUACGACUACGACGACGAUGACCAAGACGAUAACGACGCCGAAAACGAUUAAUCCUUACAAACGCGUCAUAGUACCAUUCAUCGUGUCCACGCCCACAGUGCCGAAAUACACACAGACGAGCGUCGAUAUUUUCUGCACAAAUCGAUUUAAGACUAGAUAUAACGAAAGCAAUAGCGGUAAUAGCAAUAGUUGUAAUAGAGAUGGUAACGUCAAUGCCACCACUAAAAGAAGCAUGAGUCUCUUUAACUCGCACUAUACCGGCAGUGCCGUUCCGAAGGUCACUGUUAGUCCGUUCAAGUAUAAGAACACGGUCAGCAUGAUGUCGCUUUCCACGACAACCAAAGGAUAUCAGAAAAGUCUUCGAAAUGUCGGCCGCGGAAUAGAGGCCGGUGAAUGCACGGACGUAGGGUCAGAUUGCGCGGAGUUGAUUGACAGGCUGAGAAUAUGGCUGUGCCAUCUACAAUCUGUGAAGAGUCGCUGCUGCGCAUCCCUGAAGACAAUCUGUGCUGAUUAAUAAUAUUAAAAAAAUAAUAAAAUAAGGCGAAAAAAUCGGUUCGAUAAUUUUUGCUCGAUGAUAUCGCGCUUACUAAACGCCCGUUGUGACACCAUCCUGGCGAACAGAAUGAAAAGCUCGAAACCGAACUGACGAUCGUCGAUAUUCUCUGUCUCGCGGACAGGCUCAUCGUCAAGGUCUUCGAUGCUCUUGCGGUCCUUACGAUCGGAACAAGUGCGACUACAUUUCGAAUAGCUAUGUAGUAUAUGUAUUUCACUCCUCUCUCUCUCUCUCUCUAUCUAUUUUUUUUUCUUCCCUCUCUUUCUCUCUCUUUCUACCCAUACCUGCGCUAGACCUGAUACCUAGAUAUCAUUCGUUUACAUCGUAGAUACGGUACCGCCGGAGCUUUGCCACACGUGUACCGGAUGUAGUGAAUCUAAGAGCAGAGCGGACUGAUUGUCGAUCGGUAUGAUAUUUGACCGCGAAUAUAAUUUAUUCGAUAAGAAGCAGAUCUCUCGCUAAAGAUUCGCUUUACCCGAAGUAUAGGUGCGUCGCACAUGUACGUGCCUGAUGAGACGCACUUGCGCGAAAGAAACCAUUCGAAGAUUAUGGAAAUUGUUUAACGCAAGACAAUAAAUGGGAAUACUUAAAAUCUGAUGUAUUAUGUGUACACCUAUCUACUUAUUGUUUAUCUUUAUAUAGGCUGUUUCAUUUCAAUUGCCUCAG